CGCGACGGAACGCUCGACAGGCUGUCAAAAUGUCUUUGUUUUGAUUAAAAAUUCUGAUCACAACUUCGAAACCAUCCAGUUUAAUCGCUCUUGUUUUACCAAAAAUUUUAAUUGUGCUUUCCAACUUUGUGUUAACCGGUGAAAUUAUUGUGGAUAUUAGCUAGCCCCUAAUCGUAAUAAUGACGGAUGCUAACGAUCCGGAAUCGACCGAUUCGUGCAGCCUGACGGAGGAGGAGGUCGAACCGAAGCUCAAGUACGUCCGGCUGUCGAACGAUUUGAAGAACAUCCUGAGCGAGGAGGCCAUCAGCUGCAUUGCCGUACAUCCGCGGUUUCUCUGCCUUGGGACUCACUGGGGACGAAUUCACAUGCUGGACCACCAGGGAAAUCGGGUGGAGACGCUGAUCAAUCUCCGACAGAAUCCGCACAUUUUGUCUGUUAAUAAGAUUUCCGUGGACAGCAAAGGGGAGUAUAUUGGGACAUGUUCCGACGACGGGAUGGCCAUCAUUAACGGACUUUACACGGACGAAAACAACCAGAAGCUGAACGUCGGCAAGGUCAUCAGAGCGGUCGAGCUGGAUCCGUUGCAUUACAAGUCUGGUUCCGGGCGGAGGUUCCUAAUAGGUGAUCACAAGCUGGUGUUGUACGAGCGAACCUUUUUGAAGGGACUCAAAUCGACCGUGCUGAGCGAAUCGGAAGGGGCCGUUAGUGCAAUCAAGUGGAACGGUCAGUUCAUUGCCUGGGCCAGCUCGCUUGGGGUUCACGUGUACGACCUGUCGGAACGUUGCUCACUGGGACUGAUCAAGUGGGAGGAACCCAAAGAGGGAAAACUCACCGACUUUCGCUGCAAUCUCAGCUGGUCCAACUCGACGACGUUGCUCAUUGGUUGGGUAGAUACCAUUCGAAUCUGUGUCAUUCGGAAGCGAAAUCCGAUAGAAGUUUCAACCCGAAAUUUGCCCGCCCACAUUGUAGAUCCUAUGUCCACAUUCCAAACCGAGUUCUACGUGUGCGGUGUGGCCCCGCUCGAAAGCCACCAGCUGGUGGUGCUCGGCUAUCCAAAGGAUCGCGACUCGGAGACGAACAAGGCGCUGCGGCCGAUUCUGUGCGUGCUGCAGUACAAAGCGAGCGACUACAUCGAAAUUUGCACCGACAGUCUGUCCAUGCGGGGAUACCAGGAGUACAAGUGUGACGACUAUCACUUGGAUUGUCUGAUAGAGGAGAAUCAGUAUUUCAUCGUUUCGCCGAAGGACGUCGUGGUCGCUAGCCUGUACGAAACGGACGAUCGCGUGCAGUGGUUGAUCGAGCAUGGCAAAUUCGAGCAAGCGAUGGACGUGAUCGCGAAAAACGGCGGCAAAUACUCGAUCGUAACGGUGGCCCGGCUCUACCUCGAUCACCUGCUGUCGCUGCAGCAGUACGACGAGGCGGCCCGGCUGUGUCUACGUGCCUUCCAGAACGACAAGCAGCUGUGGGAGGAGGAGGUGUACAAGUUCGUCAAGGAGAAGCAGCUGCGCUCGGUCAGUGCGUACAUUCCCCGGACGGCGGACUGCCGGCUCAACCCGCACGUGUACGAGAUGGUGCUGUACGAGUACCUGCAGCUGGAUCCGGAGGGGUUUCUGGGGCUGAUCAAGGAGUGGGAACCGGGGCUGUACAACACGAAGGCUGUGAUUAACGCGAUCAACGAUCACUUCAACAAGAAGGACGCGAAUAUUUUGCUGGAAGCGCUGGCCAUUCUGUAUUCGCACGAGAAGGAGUACGACAAAGCGCUGACGAUGUAUUUGAAGUUGCAACACAAGGAAAUAUUCGAACUGAUAAAAAGGCACGAUCUGUACUCGGUGAUAAAGGAUACGAUCGUGCAGCUGAUCGAGUUGGACAGCGAAAAUGCGAUACAAAUGCUGCUGGAAAAGGACAAGAUUCCCGCCGAGGACGUUGUGCAAGAGCUUGAAGGUCGCGAAGAAUUUCUGUACCGGUAUUUGGACGCGUACGACAAAAUCGACAGUUCGGGGAAAUUUCACUGGAAGCUGGUCAAGCUGUACGCGGUCUACGAACCGGCCAAGUUGCUGCCGUUUCUCAAACGCUCAAACAAUUACCCCAUCCAGGAAGCGUUCAACAUUUGCAAAGACAAGCUGUUCUACCCGGAGAUGGUUUAUCUGCUAGGUCGGAUGGGAAACACCCGCGAAGCACUGUCCAUCAUCAUCCACAAGCUCAAGGACAUCCAGAUGGCGAUCGAGUUCUGCAAAGAGCACGACGACAUGGACCUGUGGAACGAUCUGAUCAACGAAUCCGUUGAGAAGCCUUACAUUAUGACCAAGCUGCUGGACGGCAUCGCGGGCUUCAUCAACCCGGAACUGCUGGUGAACAAGAUCAAAACGGGGCAGGAAAUUCCGGGGCUGAAAAAUUCCAUCAUCAAAAUGCUGUGCGGGUUCAGCUUGCAGGUUUCGAUCCAGGACGGCUGCAACCAGAUCCUGGUGUCGGACUACUUCAACAUGCACGAACGGCUGGCCAAGGUGCAGCAGCGGGCGAUGGCCGUCAGCGUGGACACCACGUGUGGGCUGUGCCGGAGGGACAUUAUCGUGAAAGAUCACCUGCGAACCGACGUGGUGGUGUUCAACUGUCGACAUUUCUUCCACGAGACGUGUCUGCCGGACAAGUAUAAUCUGGAAUUUUGCACGGUGUGCAAAUCGCGAAAGCCGUGAUGAUGUAUGCAAACUGAGGUUUUGUAUGUUUUCGUUUAUUCAUUUAUUGUGUGUAAAAGAUGCCAGAUAACUAUAACGAAUUGUGGAUCGUAAAGUCAAACUUAGGACGUAUAUUUAAACUUUCCGCUGUUUUUUUUUCUAAUUUUAGAACUAUGCUUAUUUAUUUUUUAUAUAAACUAUAAUCGAGGCUGAAAAUAUUCUCAAUUUA